AUAGAUGUAAACAAAUCUCUCUGGCGAGAUAGUGGUACAUAUCAAGAAAGGCGAGGUUUGAGAGUUUCUGUUAAUAUUUUGCUAAUAUAGCUGUCACAUCUGAUAUUCAUAAAUUACGAGCAACAGCCAUGUGUUCUGUUGUCUCUCAGUAUGAACAAAUAGUUCUAACCUGAACAAGGAAUAUAAAAAUGUCUGUAUUCAGAACUAUUCGCAGUCAGAUGAAAAGGAAAUUGUGCACUACUUCUAUACUUGGAGCUAUUUUACUAAUAGCAUCCUGUAUAUUAUACAGCAAAAUAACUUCAUCACGUUAUCAGCGAUUAGUAAGGUAUGCAAAUGAAAAGCCUGAGUCUCAGGUGACAGUUCAUGACCAACCACAGAACAAUCUAGCAGUAGUGAAGGCACUGCAAACUGAGAACCAGAAAGUGAUCCCAACACAAAAUAAAGUAAAAGACAAGAAGGAAGCUGAGAUCAAACCAACGGAGCCCCCAGUACUAUUGGGAGAAGCAUAUGCUACUGAUACAACAUACAUGAACUCUAAAUGCCCUGAAAGAAUACGAGAGGUUGCAUUAAACAUAGAGUGGUUGAAAAGAAUAUUUAUUCACACAAUUCCAGUGCUACAAUGGAAUGAUCAUGUGACAAUGGAAGAAUAUCAAAGGUUACAAAUCUAUAAUCUUUGCUAUGGAUAUGCAAUUAUAGACUUUGCAGAACUCAAACGUACUCUGGAUGUUCUGAAUGCCACUGCCAAUCGUUUCAUGUUUGAUGACUGGGAGGUGAGAAAAUCAGGACAAAAACCUUGUAUCCAUUGUGCUGUUGUAGGAAAUGGUGGAAUACUAAAGGACUCCAAGAAAGGAAAGGAGAUAGAUGAUCAUGACUAUAUUUUUAGAGUCAAUGGAGCAAUCACACAGGGAUUUGAAAACGAUGUUGGGAACCGAACCUCUUUCUACUUCUUUUCUACAAAUACCAUGAAAAACUCUUUAUGGGGUCACAAACAUGCAGGUUUUACAGGCCUCCCGCAGUCUCAGGAGACAAGAUAUGUUUUUAUUCCUGAAAACCUGCGGGAUUAUUUGAUGAUACGUGCAGCUGCUACAAACACAACCGUGGAAUUCGGGAAGGAUAAAAGCAGCAGUCCUCCGGAUUACUUCGGCAAGCAACCAGGACCAGAGAAAUUUAAACUGCUUCAUCCAGACUUCUUAAGAUACAUGCGAAACAGGUUCCUGAAAGCUGGCCAUUGGAAAAGUCGUAUCUAUCGCCCAUCUACAGGAGCAAUAAUGUUACUUACAGCUCUGCACACAUGUGACAAAGUUAGUGCUUAUGGAUUUAUCACUCCAGAGUAUGGAAACUAUUCUGCGUACUAUUAUGACAGAAAGUACACAAAACUUAUAUUCUAUGGGAAUCACCAUCUAAAAAUGGAAAUGAACUUGUGGCAGAGACUUCAUGAAGCUGGAGCCAUAAAACUUUAUAUGAAGACUUAGAAACAUACAGCAAAUAUGGUUAUGUUGUUAUUCUUUGCCUUUAAAUAUAAUAUUCAGAAAGAGUUCUUUAUUUGAUAAAAUUCACUAACAGUUCUGUAUUCUGGUAAGUAUUUUACACGUGUCAGUUACCUGAUAUUGUGGAUCCUCACUGUACCCACACUCGGACACCAUGAAUGACCAGAUCCUGCAGCAACUAAUACAUGGACUGCCAACAUUGCAUAACAUUCUGCACUGUCAGGAAAAUACAGUUCAAAGUUAUAUUUGCAAAUCAUUUCAGCAUUUCAGUCUAUAAGAUAAUAUUGUAGUUUAACAAACUGAAAAUCUGAAUACUUCUAUUUGAAUUGAUUUUUCUGCAUGAUGUUUAUAAAUGAUUUCUUACAAACAAUAAAAGCAUCAUACACAAUCC